CCAUAGAAGAAGAAAAGAAAAAUCACGUCUGGAUCAGCUGGUUCUGCUCUCACUCUUUUGUCUCUCGGCUCCUUCUUUCACCAGCUGCAGGAUGGACAUGUCCACCAGGCUCAUGGUGUGGCAGCAGCUGGCUGAGAGCUGUGGUCUGAGCACCGUCCAGCAGGGUCUCCAGCAGGUCUGGAGGCUGCUGCUGCUCUGCCUCGUCUGCAGACUCUGCUUCAGACUGGGAGUCGCGUCCACCGUGAAGCACGUCGUGUCCGUCCUGACUGGGAUCUACGGCCUCUUCCUGUUCUUCGAGCAGCACGUGCUGUGGGUGAUGCUGCUCAGCGCGCUCUGCUACUUGGUCCUGCUGCUCAGCCGAGACUCCGGCAGCAGGGGCCUCUUCCUCUCGGCCGUCGUCCUCGUCUACCUCCUCAGUGGAGAGUUACUUUUAAUUGACAUGGUGACCUGGCAUAAAAUAAGAGGUUCUCAGAUGGUGGUGGCCAUGAAGGCGAUCUCUCUAGCCUUCGACAUGGACAGACGGGCGGUCGACAGGCUGCCUUCGCCCGCCGAGUUCCUGGGCUACGUUCUCUUCGUGGGCACCGCCGUCUUCGGCCCCUGGAUCAGCUUCUCCAGCUACAAGAACGCGGUGGAAGGCACGAAACUGAGCUGGUUGUGGCUGCAUAAAUCCUCCCUCAGCCUCCUGAAGAGUCAGAUGUGUUUGCUGGUCUCCACCUGCGUCGCCCCGUACCUUUUCCCUUUGUUCAUCCCGAUCCACGGAAACUCCGUCACCCAGAAGUGGCUCUACGCCUACGAGAACGCAGUGUCCUUCCACUUUAGCAACUACUUCGUGGGCCACCUCAGCGAAGGCACCUGCAUGCUGGCGGGAGCAGGCUUCACCGAGGAAAAAGACCACACCAGAUGGGAUAUGAGGGUGGUGAAGCCACUCAGUGUGGAAAUGCCUCGAUCUAUGGUGCUGGUGGUGACGUCCUGGAACAUCCCCAUGUCUCGAUGGUUCAAAACCUAUGUCUUUAAAAAUGCUAUGAGACUUGGAACUUUCCCAGCCAUCUUGGUGACGUACUCAGCCAGCGCUUUACUACAUGGUUUGAGUUUCCACCUGGGAGCUGUUCUGCUCUCGCUGGGUUUCAUCACAUAUGUGGAACAUGUUCUGAGGAAGAAGCUUGCAUCCAUCUUCAGUGCCUGUAUCCUCUCCCGGCCCUGUGGUCCCGAAUGUAGCCAUCAGCACAAGAAGGAUUGUUGGGUGGUGUUGCUGAAUGUGUUUUUCAGCUUACUGGUUGUUUUCCAUCUCACCUACCUGGGCUCCAUGUUUGACCCUGGACUGGACGACGAACAGUCAGUAGAAGAGGGUUUCCCGGCCGCCCACACCAUCCAGAGGUGGUCUGAGCUGAACUGGGCCAGUCACUGGGUCGUGUUCGUUUGCUGGGUCUUCUACCGGUUAAUUCUGUGACGUUGUUGGAGCCGAUGGGAAGACGACCACAAACACACACAAACAAACACCAAAGACUUUACGCAUCGUACAUCGUCCACGCAGUCCAGAAAACCACAUUCCCACGGAGGACGGGGGACGUUCUGGGACCGCGUCGUCUCACGGAUGAUGAUGCGUUUGGAUGAGUCGGGAACAAAACUCCCUACACGUCAGUCCAGUUGUUUCAUUUCAAUGAAAAUACGAACACUACACAUAAAAGGUCCUGAUAGAAACCUGAACUUUAUAUUGUUUUACUUUCGCCUGUAGAGAGUCAGACAGGUACGGUUAAAUACUACCAUGCAGAAAAGGGUAUAUUACUGUGAUAGUUGGUGUUGGGAACCAUGGACAGAAACAUUUCAAGGAUUCGGCACAUUUAUAUGUUAAUGGAUGUGUUUAAAAGGUCCGUAACUGUACAGAUGUUUUUGUUUUUUUGUAUUUUUUGUAUUAAAUAUAUUCAUUUUA